UCCGGAGUAACCAGCUGUGGAAACUCGCUGCCACGUGUACCUCCAUGAGAAGCGGCGCCACCACUAAUCAGUGAUGAUUCGAGGGUCCCGCUCCCUUCACGAUUGCUUAACUUCGCAAUUACUUCACCACGCCACAACACAGGCGGCAGCCAGGGACUGCUUUUUGGGGAUCCAUUCGCAGCCAACUUUGUCAGUUAAAACUGUUAAAACCCCAAUUUCAAUGUCAAAGAGCCAAAGAUGGUGACUUUAGAAGCGAGAUUUGAAUUUUAUUGGAAAGCAGCGAGCGACCUGAGGUGGGCCAUAGCAUUCUCUGCAGCGAUAAAGAGACUGGAUAAACAUCAUCCAUUCCUCCACUCCGAUUCCCAUGACUGUCUUCAAUAGGCGUGUAGAUAUUCUUCUGAUCUAUUUCGUUCUCCCUCUAUAAAUUGCAUUGAAGACUGAUUCUAGAGAUUGAUCUGUUUCUGGGUUUUGCAGGUUUGAGGCUCUAUUUUGCUUUUCUGGUUUCCAUUCUGGUAUCUCACUCUUAAAUUGGAAGCAGUGAUGGGUGAUGUAUAUAUCAAUGGGGAAAUAUCUGAAAUUCCUUUCGAGUCACAUCAGGUUGGACUUGCAUCAAGUGAAAAUCAGCUACUAGAAAGACAUGGAUAUCAAAGAGAGCAUGUGGACCUUUGUGAUGCUGCAAGGACUCCAUGUGCUCUUUCUGAUUGUCUUGGAUUCUGGUCAUCAGGGGAUGACUUUUUAUCAAAUCUCUUGACAUUGACUAUCUCGAUAAGUCUUCGGUUUAUUCAUUUUAUAGAGGAUCUUGUACUCCAAGAUUUUUGUAGAUGCUCAGGAGAUUCCGUGGCCACUUCUUCUGGGCAAUAUAUAGGAUCUUCAAGCCACAACAUAUGUAGAUCUGCUUAUGAAGGUUGUUCGUCAUUCUCUGAGCUUUACACUGCUGAUACAAGUCCUAGAAUCUGCAGAGGAAGGAUCUCAGAGCAUGAGGAAGUAUUGCUUGUAAAUAAAAGAUCUGGAGUGAUUGAUACCAGUUACAAUUAUCGGGGUGUCCCUUUUAUUUUUCAAGGGUUGAUGCUCCCACUUUCUGGUGUACGACUUUGUUGGAGGCUUGCCUUCGCCUGCUCUAGAUAUUUUUUCUCUUACAUUAGAGGUGUUCAAGCUCAAGUUCGUAGGUAAAAGAUGUUGGUUUGAACUUUGCAAACUGUUGGGUUGAUUUCUGUAUGAGGUGCAGUGUCUUUCAGGUUCUAUUUUUGCAGAAAAAAAUAUUAUAUUCCAUCUGCGAACUAAUUCCUUUCUUUUAAAU